AUGGAGCGCCACGUCAGGAUCGGAUGCUACAGCGCCUUUUGGGGUGACACCCCCGGUGCAAGUCGCCAGCUGGUCGAGGCCGAAGAUGCAAGGCUCAACUAUCUUGUUGCAGAUUAUCUCGCCGAGGUGACGAUGGGGCUGCUCGCCCGCGCCUCUCAUGCACCAGCCAGGCCUGGAUCUGGCAAAAAGGCGGCCGGGUACAUCAGAGAGUUCGUAACUUUUGUACUCAAGCCUCUGCUGCCUCAGAUUCUCGAAAAGAAAAUCAAAGUCGUCACCAAUGCUGGCGGCCUCGACCCUGUUGGACUGAAGGAGCUGAUCGAGGAGUUGGCAGCCGAAAAAGGAGUCACCGACCAAGUCAAGGUUGCAGCAGUCUAUGGAGAUAACAUCAUCAGUCAGAAGAAUGAACUGCUUCAGGCUGGCGCUUUCAGUGCCUUCAACCCACUCAAUGUUGAUGGCGCCGAUGAGGCCAUGUUCGAAAGCCAGGACAGCAUCCUGAGUCUGAACGCAUACACCGGGGCUCAGCCCAUCACCAAGGCCCUCGAGGCAGGAGCGAAUAUCAUUGUGACUGGCCGGUGCGUCGAUAGCGCCCUGGUCUUAGGCCCCCUCGCGUACGAGUACUCGUGGAAUUAUGCCCGGCUUGAUGACCAGGCAACGUUAGACCGCCUCGCCAGUGCUUCACUGGCUGGCCACCUGGUCGAAUGUGGAGCGCAGGCAACAGGAGGUAACUUUACGGACUGGGAACUAUCAGCCGGAAGCGCGUAUGGGGGUUGGGCAAACAUGGGCUACCCCAUCGUCACAUUUGAAGAAGACGGCACCUUUACCGUUUCCAAGCCUCGUGAAACCGGUGGACUCGUUACACGGCAUACCGUUGGGGAGCAAAUGCUUUACGAAGUGCUAGACCCGGAAAACUACAUCCUGCCUGACGUUGUGGUGGACCUCAGUAGGGUAGUUCUGGAUCAAGUCGAUAAGGACAAGGUCCGUGUAACUGGCGUGCGCGGCAAGCCCCCAACAGAAUGGCUCAAAUGUACCGCAGUUCGGCAGAUGGGAUUCCGGACCACUGCCGAUAUGCUCGUCUUCGGCGCGAACGCAGAGCAAAAGGGCAAGGUAUUGGGUAAUGCUAUCCUUCAGCGAGCUCGGAACGUUACAGAGAUGGAGCUCCGGAACGUUGGCAAGUCUGAAGAUUUUAAAGGCUUCGAGUCCAAGGUCAUCAUUGUAGGUGCAGAGCAUUCACUCUCUCCAUCCGCGGCCAGGCCUCCGUCACGCGAGGUGGUUGUCCGAAUCGCAGCCAAGCACGUCCGACGACAUGUUCUGGACGUCCUCGGCCGAGAGGUAGCGUCCUUUGGGACAAGCAGUGCCCCAGGCAUCGCAAUGUUCAGCAGUGGUAGGCCAAAGGUCUCUCCGAAUUUCCUGGCAUCUAGCGUUCUCAUCCGUCGCGACUUUGUUACUCCGAAAUUUUGCAUCGGAGGUCGGACGUCGACCAUCCCAGUGCCACUGGUCACCGAGGGCUGUAAGCCUAUCGUUCCCUCAGCCUCGGCCAUCAAGUCCAAAUCCUCUUCCUCCGCAAUCCAUCAGCCAUCGCCGGCCCAGAACACGCGCUGCAAUCUACUCGAUGUUGCGGUUGGACGGUCGGGAGACAAAGGAGAUACUUCAAACGUCGCUUUUAUCGCCAGGAACCCGGUCUUCUACCCGUACCUUCUGGAUCAAGUGACUCCAGAGGUUGUGGCCUCUGCCCUCUGCAACUUGCUUCGGCCUACCAGCACUGUUACGCGCAAGGAAAAGGAUAUGCACAAUUAUGCCUAG